UGUAGGUAGUAUUGCUUUGCACAAUAAAAGUAGGUAUCAAAUCAAAUAGAGUAUUUACUGUGAUAUUAAUAGAUGUCUUGUGAAGUGCAUGCUAGAAUAAAUUCCUAUUCAUAACGUUGAUUCUAUACUUUAGUUAAGUAUACACGCGUAAGUUACUUUAGUAAGAUACUUAAGUUGUUGUGUAUCUUACUAUAUUGUUUCCUGUAUUGAGGCGCGUAAUAAAGAGUAUUUGUAUUCUAUUGUAUUGUAGUUAGUAUUAUUCUAACCUUAAUUAUUUUUAGGCAGAAAUGACACAGAAGUUCAGAUCGCUGAAAUUAAUGUUGAUAGUAAUAUUAAUGAAAAUCUGACGACUACUUCAACAAGUGACAAUUGUGAAAUGCCGCAAAUUAAUAGUUGCUCUAUAGAAGACCAAAAUAAUAUGAUCCCGGACGACGAAGAUGAUGGAUCUCGAUUAAAUUUAAAUGAAAACAUCAGUCUUAUUGGUAUAAGAGGAGAGAUUCAUCAAUGGGCACUGAAAUACCAAAUACCACAUAACGCAUUAAAUGAAUUGCUACAUAUAUUAAGAGAAAAUUCCAGUUUGGCAUUAAAAGAUAUAUUACCUGCAGACAGUAGAACUUUGUUGAAAACAUCGAGAAGGAACAAUAUUGUGCCAAUCGGAAAUGGAGAAUAUUGGUAUUAUGGGUUAGAACAAGCUCUAAAAAAUGCUUUGUCUCAAGUGAGAAACCUACCGUCUAAUAUAUUUUUGACAUUUAACAUAGAUGGGUUGCCUAUCGCAAGAAGUACAAAAAAAGAGUUUUGGCCCAUCUUGUGUAAAAUAAAAGGUUUAGAUAUGUCACCGAUAGUUGUAGCAAUCUUUUUCGGUAGUGGGAAACCACCCUUAGAACCAUUUCUGCGCCCGUUUGUAGACGAACUCCUCAAACUACUCAGAGAUGGAUUUAAGAUGCAAGGGCGAAUUAUUAGCGUCGAAAUUCGUUGUUUUGUAUGCGAUACACCCGCGAGAUGCUUUAUAAAAGGUACUGUGGGCUUUAAUAGUUAUCAUGGAUGUAUGAAAUGUACAGUUAUCGGAGAUUUUGAUAGACGAGGUCGUCAUAUGAGUUUUCCUAGAACGGAUAUGCCUUUACGCAACGAUAACUCAUUUAGAAAUCGCUUGGAUCCCGAUCACCACAAGGAACGAAGUGCUAUAGAAGAUUUACCAAUAGACCUUGUUAACGAUUUCACCAUAGCAGAUAGUCUUCAUUUAUUAGAUUUAGGCGUAAUGAAGAAAUGUUUGCUAGGAUGGACAAGUGGCAGCUUCAAUUUUCACACAAAAUGGUCAGCAAGGGAAACACAAAAUAUUUCAAGAAAACUCAUGCAAAUAAAGUCAACCACACCAUAUGAAGUCCACCAAGGAAGACUGAGGGAGUUAGAUUCUCUUCACUUUUGGAAAGGUACAGAGUUCAAGAUUUUUUUGCUGUACUAUGGACCAGUAAUUCUAAAAGAACAUUUACCUUUGGAAGUUUACCAUCAUUUCUUAAUACUGUUCUGUGCUACCACAAUUUGUUACUCAGAUACGUACAGUUCUUACCGACAUAUAAGUCAAAAAUUAUACGUUGAUUACAUCGAAAGAUUUGCAGAACUUUACGGCCAAGAUGUUGUAGCAGCAACAUUCACAACUUAUGUCAUGUUGUGA